UCUGAGGGGUCUGUCGUGCUUCAGUACAUCUUCCAAGACCAGACUGUCACAGAGACAAUGAAGUUCCCUCUCAAAGCUCAAGAGAAAGACAGGCUCCCUGUUCACCGGCUGGCAGCUCGAGCCCUGUGUCAGGAUCUGGAGGGCGCUGGAGAGAAGGAGGGAGAAAAGCAGCGCCUGGCUCUGGAGACGAGCCUGAGUUCCGGGGUGGUGUGUUCCCAGACGGCCUACGUGGGGGUCAACACAGAGCUGGGCCAGCCAGUGCAAGGCCCCCUUAUCCACCGAGAUGUCCCCCAUGCAAACUACUUUUCACAAACUGCAUGUGCACAGAAAUUCCAGCAUGCACAGGCUUAUCAUGCCCGCCAGCCCUUAACAUUUUGGAAGCGAAGCCGUGGAGAACGAGAAUAUAAGAGCCAAUACGAAUGUGCAGUCGCAUGCAGCACUGCUUAUUGUACCACCCAGCCCUUAAUGUGUUUGAAGCAAAGCGAUUCAGCCGAGACCGGCUCACCCCUUGCAGCAAAGGAAUCCCCUCUCUUAAGGCUGGUCUCCUUGCAGAAUGCUGAUGGCUCCUGGGUCCUUAAUUUCGAGCUGGCCAGUCUGCUGGGCCUGAGUAAGGACGAGAUCAUGAGUAAAACACCUGAACAGACACCACAUUACCAAAGAGAGAGAGAGAGUGACAAAUAA